UGGAUGGCUGGUCUCCGGCUGUGACAGGUAGGACGUGAUAGUCACGGCAAAGGUUAAGUCCGCCUGAAUCGAAACAAAAUUGGGCCAAUGGGGCAUUCCGCAUCUGAUAGUGAUCGGCCCUCUACCGAUGCGAGCAAUCCUUUGCCAAGAUCGUUGUUGUUUGAGACGGAGAAAAAUUGCGGUCUAAGCGGAGCAUUUGACAAACCGGGGCCGGCAUAUCGAAUCCCUGUUUAGCUUUUUUUUUCUUUCGCUUUCCGCGCGGGGGUUUGCUGAGGAGAGACCAGCAAAGCUUUCUUGGCAGACGAAAUGACUAGGAAGGGUGUUGUAUUCCGUCAAGGUGCCAGUGGAGUAUGAUGGAGUGCAAUGCAACCUAUGACCACGGUUGGCUCCCUCACAUUUGUAUUCGAGCCAGGUUGGAUAUAAUUAUGAGCCGUCUUGCAGCGAUCGCCCUCUCCCACUGUCAUUCGGAAACAUCUUCUGUAUUGCACCCCAAAGGCUUUUCAGAGCACGAAUCUCGAGAUGGCGAAUCAGGAACCAGGAAACACCGCUCAGCCAUCAGACAACAUUGCUCCAGCAAGCGCCGGUCCCGUUGUUUCUACGCCUGCAUCUGCAUCUGCAUCUGCAUCUGCUGUGCCCAAGGAGGCAAGUAACUCCAAAAAGGACGACGGCUUGCCUUCGACAUCGGUCGAGGAGUCGUCAGCCACGCAGGCGGGAGGGGCGGCAACAUCUUCCGCAGCCGAAGGCAACCCAACUGACCCCUUGAAUUUUGGUCGCCAUCGACGUGAAAAUAUCAGCCGGCGCCAAAUGAAAAUCGACCAUCCCAAUGGAAACAAGAAGGAUCUCAAGAAGUUCUACACCCGACAGAAUGAGCUUAUCGAUCAAUUCCUGGGUGCCGACGACGAGGAACGGUUGCAAGUGGAGGAAGACGCCCGAGUGGCUCCAAAGAUCAAGUUCGCCGUCAAUGCCUCCUUUACGGUGAACUUUUGCCUUUUCGUAAUUCAGUUAUACGCUGCCGUCUCGACUGGGUCGCUAUCGCUCUUCGCCACUGCUGCUGAUGCUUUUAUGGACCUUGUCUCGUCUUUUGUAAUGCUGAUAACUUCGCGUAUGGCGGCCAGAGCUAGCAUCUAUAAAUAUCCAGUAGGCCGCACAAGGAUUGAGACUAUCGGAAUUAUCCUCUUUUGUGCUCUGAUGACUACCGUCGCAAUCCAACUUCUCGUCGAGUCGGCACGUACCCUCGGAGGAGGGCCAUCCGAAUCUAAGGACCUCCAAAUCAUCCCCAUCGUAUUCGUGGGUAUUGCCAUCUUUGCAAAGGGCAGUCUGAUGUUUUACUGCCUCACGUACCGCAGAUAUCCAUCAGUCCAUGUCUUCUUCAUCGACCAUCGCAAUGAUAUCGUUGUCAACGUAUUCGGUCUGGUCAUGUCAAUAGUCGGUGACCGGUUUAUCUGGUAUCUAGAUCCCAUUGGUGCUAUAUGCAUCGCGCUCCUAAUUCUUUUCUCCUGGAUUUCCAAUGCCUUCGAGCAAGUAUGGCUACUUGUGGGCAAGUCGGCUCCAAAGGAGUUCGUGUCUAAGCUCAUCUACAUAAGCAUGACCCACGAUCCCCUAGUUCGGAAGGUGGACACGUGCCGGGCAUACCAUGCCGGACAGAAAUACUAUGUCGAAGUUGAUAUUGUUAUGGAUCAAGAUAUCCCGCUGAAGAUCUCACACGAUGUGAGCCAAUCCUUGCAGAGAAAGCUUGAGGGCUUAGGUGAUGUCGAACGGGCAUUUGUCCAUGUUGACUACAACGACGACCACGACAUCCACGAAGAGCACAAGCCCCUCUACGAAGGGAAGAAGCAGGGUCGAACUUUGAAAGACAUCCUGCUCUUCCGAAAGAAAGAAGGGGAAGAGGAACUUAGGAGACAGGAGAUGUCGGGAUAAGGUACACCCGUCAACCUUUUACGCUUUGAAUCUCGGGAAAGGGGUAAAGGGACGGUAAGAAGGGCAUGAGAGACGAAAAAGAAAAUAGAAGGGAGCCACGGUUUACACCACUAAGCAAAGGCGUGGUGAGGCUAUUCAAACAGUGCGAACACCAGUACACGAUUAUAAUAAGUGCGAUGAUUUUAGUUUCUUUACAAUAGAGCGACGAGCGAUGAGCGAUUCAUAUACACAUAUACACAUAUACACCAUAAAGGUAGUAAGAAAAUAAUAAAGCAUUCGAAUUGCGCAAGAUCUCGACCACGCACUCAAAAUGAAAAGAGGAAAUGAGGAAGUUGAGAUGUAGAAAUUAAGUUUAGCUGAUAUUAUACAAUUAUAUUGACGUAUGUAGUACAAAA